UGCAAAUCACCCGUCUAUGAGUUCGGGUUGGAAGGUAUGCGAAGGGACAAGAAAAUUAGGUUGCCAUUAUUCUAGUUUUUGUUUGAUACUGUAUUUGAACUAUAGUGGCUAACAGGAAUUUGAUUCAGUUGAACGUCAACUCGACUAAAUUCUGUAGUAGUAAGCUCACUUAAUUUUAUUUUUCUAUUUCCAGCUGUAAAAUUUUCCAUCCCUUUCCUUUGUAAUAUCACCUCACAGUCCAAAGAGUGAGGAAAAUGGCAAUUACUGCGGCAUUUGGAGAAAUCGGUCUUGUUCCACUUCGUCAAUCAACUUUCAAUCCCUCACAUCGUCUCUUCCUCUCCUUAUCUUUCCAUAACACAACCAUUUCUUCUUCACCUAAAUUAACUGCUGCUCUCUCUUUCACUCAAUCCCAAGGUUUUGGAUUUGCAAGCAAGGAACAAAAACGUACUGAUUUAGUUCAGACAUCAGCUGUUCGAGAGUUGAGGGGUUCUCUUCUAUCUGCACAGGGACAUCGCUUUGCUAUUGUGGUGGCACGUUUUAACGAUCUGAUCACGAAGAAGCUUUUGGAGGGUGCUUUGGACACCUUCAAGAGUUACUCUGUCAAAGAAGAAGACAUUGACGUUGUCUGGGUUCCUGGUAGUUUUGAAAUUGGUGUUGUUGCACAGCAACUUGGCAAGUCACAAAAAUAUCAAUCAAUAUUGUGUAUUGGUGCUGUGGUAAGCUUCCGUCAGAACUGCAUGUUACUUUGUGUACCUUCUUGUUCUGUUCUUACCUCCUCCCAACUUGCAGGUACUCCUUGCAUAUUUGGUGUUCUGACAUGUGAUACCUUGGAACAGGCUUUCAAUCGUGCUGGUGGAAAGUCUGGGAAUAAAGGUGCCGAAGCAGCAUUGACAGCUAUUGAAAUGGCAUCUUUGUUCGAGCACCAUUUGAAGCCCUUAGAGUAGGCAGAGAUCCUUGUUUCCAGCAGCCGUAUCAUUUGCAAGAAAAUUGUUGUAAUUUGGAUAUUGUUCUUCUGUGGAACCAGAAUUCUCAAUUGAGAAUUGUUUAAAGGAAUGCCAUUCUUGGACAAAACUGCAAUCUUUCAAUUUUGUAUUUUUGAAUAAUAAUGCCUCUUUUUUC